AUGGAGCCAAGAGGCGCCCGCAAAGUGCACUUUUGCUCAGUGUUCCGGCCAUCUCCUUCUGGGGGUGCUGUGCGCGAGCGGGGGAAGGGGGCCGGUGCAGUCCCCGAUGCACACCCGUUUCCUUCUCCAUCAUCGGGCUGCGAGAGCAGCGGCUUUGACAAGUCUGUGUCCACGUCGGAUGGAAAGAGAAGGGGGCGCGGGCCUUGCGGAGGCCCAAGGGCUGGCGACGAUCCCGAGGCCACGGAAGGCGCCCGGGCGGGCCCUCGGCUCCCGCCAGACACAAGGCGCGGGCUCCGCAGGGCGCGCAGCCGGCGGGGCGGGGCCUGGGCGGCGGGGCCCGGAGCGCCCGGGAAGCGGGAGCGCCGGGGCAGAGCGGGGCCACGCACCUCGACCUGCGGGCGGGCGGACGGGCGCACAGAGCCCGCGGCGGAGCGGCCCCAGCAAGCCCGCGCCCCGACGCCCGCACCCCGAUCGAGCCGCCGUGUUUACCUUCCGCCCGCCGCACGUGGCGCCGCGCCGGCGCUCCCGAUUGGCCGGCCGGGGUCCGCGCGUGCGCAGUGGCGCCGAGGGGGCGGGGCCCGGGCUGGGCGCGCAGCGGGCCGGCGCGCGAGGCGGCGAGGCGGCGAGGCUGCGAGGCGGCCUCGGCGGGCCGGUGCGCGCGCGCGGGAGGACGGAGGGCCGGCGCGCAUGCGCGGCGCGGGCCCGCCCGGCCUAUAUAAGGUGUUGGCGCCGGCGCCAGCUGAGAGCGGCGGCCGCGGCGGGACGGUGAGGGUUCGCGCGCGCGGGUUGCGGGCUGCGGGCUGCGGGGUCUCGGGGCUGGGCUGCGGGGUGCGGGCCGAGCCGGGGGUCCCCGAUCUCGCCGUGCCGGCCCUCCCCGGGCCCCGGCGCUUCGGGACCGCUCGUCCCGUCCCUGCCAGGCGGGACCCGGGGUCCCCCGCACGGGCCCCCUGGGUGCGUGUCCGGGCGCCGCAGACAGCCCUUGCGCCCACGCACACGCCUGCCCGCCAGAGGACCAUGUCCAGACGCAGCAGCCGCCUGCAAGCCAAGCAGCCCCCGCAGCCCGGGCACCCCGGCUCCCCGCAGGAAGCGCAGCCGGCCCAGGCCAAGAGACGCAAGACCUCGCAGGAUGUCAAGAAGAGGAAAGAGGAGAGACCAGAGCCAUCCAGGAAGCAGCAGUAUGAGAUCAGGAACUGCUGGCCCCCCGUGCUGUCGGGCGGGAUCAGUCCCUGCAUCAUCAUUGAAACCCCACACAAAGAAAUAGAGACCAGCGACUUCUCCAGGUUCACCAACUACCGAUUCAAAAACCUCUUCAUCAACCCUUCUCCUCUGCCUGAGUUAAGCUGGGGGUGCUCCAAGGAGGUUUGGCUGAACAUGCUGAAGAAGGAGAGCAGAUACAUUCAUGACAAGCAUUUCGAAGUUCUUCACGCAGACUUGGAACCACAGAUGAGGUCCAUACUCCUAGACUGGCUGUUGGAGGUAUGUGAAGUAUACACACUUCAUCGGGAGACAUUUUAUCUCGCGCAAGACUUUUUUGAUAGAUUUAUGUUGACACAAAAGAAUAUAAGUAAACACAUGCUCCAGCUCAUUGGAAUUACCUCAUUGUUUAUUGCUUCCAAACUUGAGGAAAUCUACGCUCCUAAACUCCAAGAGUUUGCCUAUGUGACUGACGGUGCCUGCAGUGAAGAGGACAUUUUAAGUACAGAGCUUAUGAUACUGAAGGCUCUGAAAUGGCAGCUUAGUCCUGUGACAGUCAUCUCUUGGCUGAAUCUCUUCCUCCAAGUUGAAGCUCUUAAAGAUGCUCCUAAAGUUCUCCUACCUCAGUACUCUCAAGAGCAGUUCAUCCAGAUAGCUCAGCUCUUAGACCUGUGCAUCCUGGCCGUUGAUUCCUUAGAAUUCCAGUACCGAGUACUGGCUGCAGCCGCCUUAUGCCACUUUACCUCCAUUGACGUGGUUAAGAAAGCUACAGGUUUGGAAUGGGACAACAUCUCAGAAUGUGUAGACUGGAUGGUUCCUUUUGCCAGUGUAGUAAAAAGUACUACUCCAGCAAAGCUCAAGAUUUUUAAGAGGAUUCCUAUGGAAGACAGACACAAUAUCCAGACACAUACAAAUUUCCUGGCUAUGUUGGAUGAAGUCAACUAUGUGAACACCUUCAGGAGGGAGGGACAACUGUCACCAGUGUGCAAUGGAGGCAUCAUGACCCCACCGAAGAGCACGGAGAAAUCACCGAGCAAACACUGAUGGACUUAAAGGUACAACCAAAUAUUGGGAGCAGUCACGCCUGAAGGUUUCCCUGUAAAAUCGUGCUGUGACCGGUUAGCCAGUUCCGAGCUGCUCACUGCCGUUCUUCCACUGACAUACCCUUCAAAUUGGCACUAAAAGAAUGAAAUGAAGAAAUGUCCUUAUGUUUGUUCCUAUGUUGGCCGUUCAAGGAACAGCUGGACUUGUUUACAAAUAUGGCUUCAUUCCCAAGGCGGAUGGCCAGAAACUGGAUGCAAUGUAGGCCAUAGCAAAAAAUUUUGGAUCGAGUGUUAUUCUGUUGGUCUUGAUCAACUCAGCAUUUGGUAUUUGGGAGUUUGGGACUCAUGUAAGUGCUGCCUUUAGGGGUGCACUGAGCAACAUAGUACUUUGAAUCUAGUUUUAAGAUUCUGGAAUUUAUACUUGAGUAGUGCAAUUUGGUUCUUAAAAGCAAAUUUGAAAUUGUUUACAAAGGCCAAGUUUUCUAAUAAGGUGACUAUCUACAGCUGCUAUAUAGAAAGCUGUUAUAAAACUUGAACUUCUAAAAAUAGUGAACUUUGUCUUCUUAUCUAUGUCAUUUGCCUUGCCAUAACAUUUCUAUUCAGUUAGGCUUAGAUGAAAAUGGUGUUUAAACUGCUCUAAACAGUGAGAAUACCAAAGAGAUCAUAAACAAAAAUGCUAUGGCUCCUUCUUGGGGCUUUAUUUGUAUAAAGAACCAUUUUGUAUAUCACAAUUUGAGCGAAAAACUUAAGUGCCCUAUUUAUAUAUGAGAAAGUCACUUUAUUACUCUCAGAUAUCCCUAAGGAUUUUUUUUAAAAUUUAGUGUGACUAAGGCUUUAUUUAUGUCUCCAAAACUUACGAAUGGUAUCAAAGUGAUAAAGCUUCUAUUUUCUUAAGGCAGAAGAGUAUUAAAUGUAUACUGACUCCUAGAAAUUUAUUUAUUAAAAGAACUUGACGUGAAUAAGAACUUGCUAUCUAUGAAAUAGCUACUUCUACAUGUUUUUAAAUGAAUUCCAGCCAUAAGUGGGUUUAAUUAGAAAAAAAUUAGACUGCUAAUUUAUGCUAGUGAACCAGACAUGUGAAAUCCUUCCUUGGAAGAAAUGAUAAAUUUAAGCUAUUUUACGGUAAUGAAGUCUUUUAUCAGUUUGUAGUUUGUUUUUAGACUCAUAUAUUAGUAUUUUUGUCUGUAAAGAAACCACCACUAAAAUUGUACAUAUGUAUUAUAUAAAUGUAAUCUUUUAAUA